AGUGAUCACGUUCCCAUCUCCAAACUGUGCACAUGGAUAUUUCUUCAAAAUACAGUAGUUUAGUUAUUUUUUGUCGUAGGCUGUGAAAAGUUUUAGUAAGGAAAUAAGAAUUUCAGUGCUAACGCGGAACUGGAAGCUACUUUAUAAGCCAAAUAUUUGUAGACGAAAUUGUGAAUUUGCUAUUAGUUAUACUCUUUGCCUCCAUUUACUUGGCGCAAAUUUCGUGCUGGCAAUGUAAUCACACCGAGCUGACGACAAGUGCUGGUGACCUAGAUUUUGGGAGUCCUGCGCUUGCAACACCACCGCCACCACAAUACUCUGCUCCGUUCUCCCGUUGAAUCCUUCCUGCAGCAACAAAGUAAAGGUCACAAAUCGCGAGGCAAAUAUGAUUAAAACGCAUCCGUAAUCUAACGUCCAAAUCCGAUCAGAAAUCAUUGUUCACAGCAUAAAAACCUGUUUUAGGCCUUUUAAUAGGGUUAGCGGAGUGGGAGAUCAGAGAUCACAACGAGCUUAGAACGCACUAUAUACCGAAUACGUCCGGGUAACCUGGACAUGCUGACAUGCGUAACAACAGCGGCUAUAGCAACAGUCUGAACAACAACGCAGCAGCAGCACCUGCACCUGCACCUGCCCCACGUUACUGCAAUGCGGACAAUACGUUUUGCUACUAUAACUACGAUAACUGCAACCUGAUUGUUCCCGCUUGGAGCAGCCGUCAGAGUCAGGGUCAGAGCCAGAGCCAGAAUCAAAAUCAAGUACCCAACCAGAACCACAACCUGCCGUCAAAGCGAAUUCCCACCAAGCAAGCAGCCAGGUCGAACUACCAUCAAUCGGUGGCCAAUUCGGCACCGGAUUCCUCGCUCUACGCCGAUGCAUUUGGCCAGCACUCGCUGGUCCACCAGCGUAUAGCUGGCAACAAGAGCUGCGAGUACGUCUACCAGACGGUUCGGCGAUCGGAGGAUCAGCAUCCGCAUCAGCAUUCCAAUGGGCAGUACAAGCUGACAACAAGGGCCUAUGUCACCGACAAGGAGCAACAGCAGAUGUUGCUGCAGUCGUCCAUCGUUAACUUCGAUGAUCCGGAGCUAAAGAAACGGAAAGCCCGAGCCGCGGGGCGUGUGUCCUCUGAUUAUCUGGACAAUAGUCCGGACCGAUAUCGGGCACUCAAUUACCCUUCACCAGAGCCAACCUGGGAUACCAUACUUUCAGAACGGCCUGCGCAGUAUCAGACGACGAACCAGCACUAUCAGCACUAUUUUUCGUACUUUUACAAUCGUGGAGCUGAGAAACUGUCCAAGCCGCCGUUUGUCGUUGCCAAUAGCCGCAAACUGCCAAUGAGUAAAUUCCAAAAGUCCGGCUCCAGUCGCAGGGAAUCGCGAGAUGUCGAUGACACCAUCGUUAUUGGCAGAAGGGACAAUUCCGAAGACAGGAGCUGGCAGAGUCCAAAGUAUGACAAGCACGUCCUGAAGGAGAAGCUGCCAAGCAAUGAUGUGGAAGCGGAUUACCUCGACAAUGGCUGGGGAGAAACAGGGAGCGGCGAGGAUUACAGGGAUAUCAAGGAUGGCUAUGACCCCGCUAUUGUUAUUGACAACGACCUGGACCAGGUCCAUCGGCGCUAUUGCAGAAAGUCCGAGAACACGGUCCUGGACGAUGCGGGAGAUACUCUAAUCAAUAACAACAACAAUGAAAUGAAAGUAAUGCGCAAAUCGACAGAUCAACCGGCACCCCGGUUGCCAAUGACGCCGAAGCGGGUCAAAGGCGGUGCCGUUACCGCCAAGAAACCAAUACCCACGGUUCACCGGGUUCUGCUGUACAGCACACAAAGUCCACGGAUGGGCCGUAAGCAACAGUUUUCCUCCCAGCGACUCAGUAUAAAACAACAGAACGCCAAAUCAUUAGGUGGUGGCGACGAGGGACAGACGGUUAUACUUCUGGAGCCAGAAACAAAACCGGAAGACCACCGCAAUGGCAUAGACUUUGAUCGUAACGACGACUUUGACGAAGAUGAUGACCUCGAUAACCUUUCGAAUUUUGACGAAAGCGACACGGCGAGUGUCAUCUCGGACACCGAAGAUGGUUAUCGUGCCCAUGCCUACAAGUUAACACAUUCCGUGGAUCGGUUUUCAUCACCCCAAAGCACGCCCAGCUUUAUGUCUUCUCAAUCUUCUGAGGACGAUCUUAAGAAUCCGGACUCCCUCCUAGUCCCCAGUUUGUUUCCUUACGUGCCCCCCUAUCUGUCCUUCUCGUCGAACACAAAAAAGGGUCCAAGGGUGCCGCCGGAUCUUCAUCGAGUACUCAAAUGGCGCAUCACCAAUAUAAUGCCAAAGGUUGUUCGCCUGAUUCUGGCCAACAGCGGAAUGCGAAUGUUAAAAAAAACAAACGAUUGGAUGGGUGUGUGGGGCAAGCAUUUAAAGUCGCCGUGCUUCAAGGCCAUUCGGUCAUACCAAAAAAUCAACCACUUACCUGGCUCCUUCCGCAUCGGUCGAAAGGACUCGUGCUGGAAAAAUCUUCAAAGGCAGAUGGGAAAGCACAGCAACAAGGAAUUUGGAUUCAUGCCGCGCACCUACAUUAUUCCCAAUGAUCUGGGUGCAUUGCGCAGGCACUGGCCUAAGUAUUCCCAGCGUAACACGAAGUGGAUUAUAAAGCCACCGGCCAGUGCUCGUGGGGCGGGCAUUAGGGUCAUUAACCGGUGGGGUCAGAUCCCCAAGAGGAGGCCACUUAUCGUGCAGAAGUAUAUUGAACGGCCACUUCUUAUAAACGGAAGCAAAUUUGACUUGCGUCUGUAUGUGCUGGUUACAUCAGUAAAUCCCUUGCGAGUUUUCAUGUAUCACAAUGGAUUGGCUCGAUUUGCUUCUGUAAAGUACAGUGCUAAGACGGACACUUUAAACGAUCGGUGUAUGCACUUGACCAACUACAGCAUCAACAAGUUCUCCUCAAAUUAUUCAAAAAACGAAGACGUCAAUGCGUGUCACGGGCAUAAGUGGACCAUUAAGUCGCUGUGGACGUAUCUGGCAAACCGAGGAGUUCGUACUGACUGCCUUUGGGAAGCUCUCCGAAGUUUGGUCCUUCGAACGAUUCUUGCUGGCGAGAAUGGCAUUAAUAGCAUGAUCAGAGCAAAUGUAGAAUCUAAAUACAGCUGCUUCGAGCUGUUUGGCUUUGAUGUGAUUUUAGACUCCGACCUGGUUCCUUGGCUUUUGGAAGUUAAUAUAUCUCCCAGCUUACACUCGGAACUGCCACUAGAUGCCCAUGUCAAGGCGCCUUUAGUGCAGGGCGUUCUAAACACGGCAUUGUACAAUGUACCUCCAAAACUAUCUUUGGAUAAGCAAAAAGAACUGGCCGCAGAAUUUUCAUUUCCUCCUGGCACACAAAUGUGCUACGACAAACGGCUUUAUAUUAACUAUUUAUCUCGCGAAGAAAAGGUCAAACAUAACACCUUUACAAGAAAGUCCAUGGAAGAUCGAAAUGAGUAUGUAAACGCGAUCCUGAAUAAUCUAACUCCCGAUGAUGUGCGGUGCCUUAUCAUAGCCGAGGAUGAACUGGCGCGUUGUGCACCAUUGGAACGUAUUUUUCCAACUGAUCAAACCUAUAAGUACCUUAAAUACAACGACAGUCCACGGUAUUACAAUCGCCUUUUGGAUGCCUGGGAGUCCCGAUACGCUAACAAUCGUACGGAAGGCAUUGCGUUGUUGCGCGACUAUUGUCAAAACAAAUAUCAUCUUCAGGUCCCAACACCUCCAGCCAAAAAGGACUUGAACGAUGAAGAAUUUAUUUUGGUGGCACCAAAAAUUAUAGGAGAUGAUUCCGAAGCUUAGCAUCUGCAUUUUCUGUUGGCGAACAGACAUAAAUCUAAUAAAGAAUGAUAUAUUUACUGAAGAACAACCCGUUUGGCCUGUAGAAACCACUUUUGCUUUUAAAACUGAAUAUUGUGAAUUCACGGUAUCGCUCGUGUUCAGCAUCUAUUGAAAUUUGUAUGUAAUUCAGAUAUUAGUAAAAGUUAUACAGUGAAUUAUUAAAUUAUAUGUUAACUAA